AUGAUGGUCUUCGCCAUUGGGGCAGGGGGCAGCAGCAGAUCUCCCUUGAGGGAUCCCCGGGGCACCAGGUCGUCCGCCUCCCCUUUUCCGCCCUACGGGUCAGCUUCUGGAAUCAGCUCCUCACAGUAUCGACUCAGCAACUUCUCAGGAGGAAAAAAACACGCGGGUGAGUGGGUGUUCGGCGAUGCAGCAAAACACGCAAAGAUAAGUGGCAAACAGGGCUCACCAUAACAAACACGUGCGUAAAAGCAGGCAGGGCGCACUCUCCGGCCCCCGGGGAUUGUUAAUUAAUCCGGACCCACUGCGAUCACCAUGUGGGUCCACAGGAAGCAAGAGUGGAGACCUCCCGACGCGGAUUGGGAGUCCCACCCUGAACAGCUCCUUCUGCUCGGCUUGGUUCUUGCUGCAAGAGUUGGGAAUUUGGAGAGGCUCCCUUGCACUCUUCUGCUCUCCAAAGGACGGGCAUUUGCAGAGGUUCCCUUUCCGCUUGCACUGUGCGGGCAGGAAGUGCGCCCCUUGGCAUCGGUAUGACUUCCAAGCCGGCUCCUUUCUCCUGUUUUGCAACCCUGCUUUUCGUUUCAGGUACCCAAAACAAUGUCAGAAAAAGGGGGGAAGCGGCAGCAGAUCAGGGGGCCUUGAUUCCAGGGCGCGCUGCCCAUCCACAUGCACGGAUGCCGAGCCUGUAGAUGCCCCAAAGCUGGUAGCCACCCAAUCUUUACAGACCCAGGACCCACUUUUAACCCAAACAUGCAUUUGGAGACCCACUUCUUAAAUUUCCCCCAUCUAUUUGCAGGGUGAGAAUGUUUCUCCUGCGACCCACCUUAGAUCAGGUCCGCUUGCCCCGACCCACCAGUUGAAGACUUUACAGGAUACUGGUGGGACCGGCUGUGUGAUAGAACACCUGCUUGGCAUGUAGAAGGUCCCAAGUUCACUGCUUGGCAUCUUGCGGUAGCGCUGAGAAUGUCCCCGCUUGAAAUCCCUGGGAGCUGCUGCCAGUCAGUGUCGACAAUACUGAACGAGAUGGACGAAUGAUUUGACUCACUAUAGGACUAUUGGGGGGGGGAGGCGUUUGAGGGCAGCCUCAAUGUCGUCCUGGGACAAGAUUUCUUUGCCAAGGGUUAUUUUUAGGCUGUCUAGCAAAGGUGGGCGAGGACUGACAAGCAGGCAGCUUGUAUAUGAAGUAUGUGGUUUUAAAUCUGCCCUCAGAGUGUUUUCUGUACAUUUAAAAAGAGUGAUGAGAAAACUGUAUUGUUUGGAGGAGCAUUUAGAUACCGGUAUCUUACCUGCCCUUCCCCCCAAGGCCCCAGCUGUGAUUCCUGCACUGCAGGAUGGUGGACUAGUCCUAAGAUCCUAAGCUUGUUGACAAACAAGGUUUUACGUAUUUUAUUCCUCUAUAUACUGCCCGUCAUCUGAAGAUCACAGGGCAAGUUCACAGCAUAAAAAAAUUGUUGUUGUUGUUUAGUCGUGUCCGACUCUUCGUGACCCCAUGGACCAGACCACGCCAGGCACUCCUGUCUUCCACUGCCUCCCGCAGUUUGGUCAGACUCAUGUUUGUAGCUUCGAGAACACUGUCUAACCAUCUCGUCCUCUGUCGUCCCCUUCUCCUUGUGCCCUCCACCUUUCUCAACAUCAGGGUCUUUUCCAGGGAGUCUUCUCUUCUCAUGAGGUGGCCCAAGUAUUGGAGCCUCAGCUUCACGAUCUGUCCUUCCAGUGAGCACUCAGGGCUGAUUUCCUUCAGAAUGGAUAGGUUUGAUCUUCUUGCAGUUCAUGGGACUCUCAAGAGUCGCCUCCAGCACCAUAAUUCAAAAGCAUCAAUUCUUCAGCGAUCAGCCUUCUUUAUGGUCCAGCUCUCACUUCCAUACAUCACUACUGGGAAAACCAUAGCUUUAUCUAUACGGACCUUUGUUGGCAAGGUGAUGUCUUCUUUUUAAGAUGCUGUAAAUAAAAAAUACAAACAGAAAAAAUACAAAGUGAGAAUGCAGACUAGAACAAAAACAAACCAAGAAAAACCCCCUCCCUUCCAGUUCUGCAGUUUUAUGAUUCUGGCUUACAGCAAUAUAAAAAUACAAGAUUAAGAUCAGCAGCAAGCAACAAUGUUUGCCUCUCAUGCACUCUGUCAAAGGGACAAGCCCUGGGAUGGGGAACCUCAGGCCCAGAGGCAAAUGCGGCCCUCCAAGCCUCUCUGCCUGGCCCUCAGGACUUUCCCCAUCCUCCAGAGCCACACCCCUUACUGGCCCUGCUCUGUCCUGCCCCCCUCUCCCCCCGCUGCCCCUUCAGUGCUUUUGCCUGGCUGGAGGGUGGAGAGAGAUGCAUGUGGAAACAGACACACCGGUAAUGUUCUGCCCGCUUUAGCCUUGGGCUACACAUAUUUCUGGCAUGUGGCCCCCAACAGGUUUCCCAGAAUGGAGCAUGGCCCCUGAGAUUUAAACAGGCUCCCUACCCCUAUCUAGCGCUAGCUUCUGAAGGCUUUCAAAGAGGGGGAAAUUAGACAAAAGAGAGAAUCUUACCCAUCAUGGCUGGGAGUCCUGGAAUACCUUCUCCCUGCCUUGUGAGCCUUUUCCACCUGGCCUGGGAGGGCAGGGCCCUGACUGACUCCAACUACAAAAGUUGAGGCUGCUGAACAGAGCCUUGGCCUGAUCUAUUGUUUUUGUUGCAGGUGGAGUGGUUGUUGCUGAUAUUAUUUUUUUUGUAUUUUUAUUUUAGAGCUCAUUAUUUAUGUUGAGGUUUUUCAGUUUGGUUGUGUACUUCUUGAUGUUUUACUUAUUGUUAAUAUAAUUUCAUUACUUAUACCCCACUCAUCUGGUUGUGUUUCCCCAGCCACUCUGGGCAACUUACAGUAUAUAUAAAACAUAACAAAGCAUCAAACAUUAAAAACUUCCAGAUACAGGGCUACCUUCAGAUGUCUUCUAAAAGUUAUAUAGGUCUUGUAUCUCCUUGACAUCUGAAGGGAGGGCGUUCCACAGGGAGUUUGUGACUACUUUUGUUAUGUUGUACUUACGUAUUCUUUCCAUGGUGUAAGCUGCCUUACAUAAAAUUAUGUAUAUAUGUAUAUAUAAAAUAUAUGUAUAUAUAAAAUUAUGUAUAAAAUGCUUUCGGAAAGAGGUUUGCGGAUGACUGUCCCAUGGAAGGAUGCCAGAAAAUAUGAAGCAAAUAAUAAUUUUCCAUUUGUACUUCAUUGAAAGAAACACACCUCUUAAUAUUUUGCUUGGAUGGUAUGUGACUUCCCAAAGGAUGAACAGACUUAUAUAGAAGGCCUAUGCUUGGGUGGGAUGGUUUGUUUUUGUUCAUUUUUUUAUUAUGUAUUUUGUGUUGUUUAUGUUGCAAUUUUAUGUUGUGAACUGCCCUUAAUCCAAAGGCCUGCCUAAAGUGGAAUGUUUUCACCUGGCACCUAAAUGGGCGAAGGACAGCAUACAAAUUUAAUAAAUAAUAAUAAUGUUAGAAAUGCUUGGAAGCUGGCUUGGAGAGAGCCAAGGAUCCUCAGAUAUGUAGUGUUGAUGGGUGGAGGAGAGGAGGCAGAUCUCCUGGGGCUCAGGUUGCUGUUAUUAUUACUGUUGUUAUUUAUUGAUUAAAUCUAUAUACCACCCUGUAGACCUCAGGGCAGCUUACAGAAUAAGAGUACAAGGUGAAAUUCACAAAAUACAUAAUAUGAACAAGAAAAGGAACAAAACAAACCAAUACCUCACACAAGCACAUUUAAAAGAGCAUAGGAUGUUAAUAAUCCAAAGGCCUGCCUAAAGUGGAAUGUUUUCGCCUGGCAUCUAAAGGUGUAUAAUGAAAGCGCCAGGUGAGCCUCCCUGGGGAGAGCAUCUCACAAAUGGGGAGCCACUGCAGAAAAGGCCCAUUCUUGUGUUGCCACCCUCCGGACCUCUCAAAGAGGAGGCACACGAAGAAGGGCCUCAGAGGAUGAUUACAGAGUCUGCGUUGGUUCAUUUGGAGAGAGGCGGCCCUUGAGGUAUUGCAGUCCUGAGCUGUUUAAAGCUUUAUAGGUCACAACCAGCACUCUGAAUUGGGCCCGGAAACUAAUUGGCAGUCAGGCCAGGAUUGGUGUAAUAUGCUCAAACUGUAAUAUGUUCAAAUUGGUGUAAUAUGCUCAAAUUAGCUGGGUGAGCACCUAAAUUCACCUUCACCACUCGCCCUUUAACUACAGUGGUACCUCGGGUUAAGUACUUAAUUCGUUCUGGAGGUCCGUUCUUAACCUGAAACUGUUCUUAACCUGAAGCACCACUUUAGCUAAUGGGGCCUCCCGCUGCACCGCCGGAGCCCAAUUUCUGUUCUCACCCUGAAGCAAAGUUCUUAACCUGAAGCACUAUUUCUGAGUUAGCGGAGUCUGUAACCUGAAGCGUAUGUAACAUGAAGCGUAUGUAACUCGAGGUACCACUGUACUAGGGAAAUUUAUCUUUCCUUGGCUGCAGGAGGUGGGGGCAGAGAGAAGUGCAGUGCAGUUGGAUCAAGCCAGAGGGAGACUGUCUAGUCCAGGGGUCAGCAAACUUUUUCAGCAGGGGGCCAGUCCACUGGCCCUCAGACCUUGUGGGGGGCCGGACUAUAUUUUUUUUGGGGGGGGGGGGAAUAUGAACGAAUUCCUAUGCCCCACAAAUAACCCAGAGAUGCAUUUUAAAUAAAAGCACACAUUCUACUGAUGUAAAAACACACUGAUUCCCAGACCGUCUGUGGGCCAGAUUUAGAAAGCGAUUGGGCCGGAUCCGGCCCCCGGGCCUUAGUUUGCCUACCCAUGGUCUAGUCCAGCAUCCUAUUCUCACAAUGGCCAACCAGAUGCCUAAUUGAGAAGCUCACAAGCAAGAUUUUGGCUUCUCCUGUACAGAGCAAUGAUGGCCACAAGAGGCUGCUGUAACACCAAAGGUUGCAUUUUGGAGGGCAUUAUAAACUGCAUCUGCGAACCUAGGCACGCUUACCAGGGAGUAAGCCCCAUUGAACUCAGUGAACCUGUACAUCUGCAGCCCUAAAUAUGUUUAUCCUUAUUACUUCCUUAGCGCAGUCCCCACCAAAUCCUGCACAGCUCCAAAACGGAUGCCACCAGGGAUUAAAGCAGAUUUUCUGCCAACAUUUCUCCGGGGAAACUAGGGACAUCCUUUUCUAUUAUUAUUAUUAUUAUUAUUAUUAUUAUUAUUAUUAUUAUUCCCCACCCAUCUGAGUGGGUUGCCCCAGCCACUCUGGGCAGCUUCUAACAUAUAUAAAAACAUAAUAAAACAUUAAACCUUCAAAAACUUCCCUAUGCAAGGCUGCCUUCAGAUGUCUUCUAAAGGUUGUAUAGUUACUUAUCUCCUGGCCUCGGGGGUCAUAUAACUCCAUACCCUCCAACAUUUCUCCUAUGAAAAUAGGGAUGUCUCUAAGGAAAAGCGAGACAUUCCGGGAUCAAAUCAGAAACCCGGACGGCUUCUCCAAAUCCGGGACUGUCCCUGGAAAAUAGGGACAUUUUGAGGACCUGCGAAGGCCCCUUCCCCGGGGAGGCCACUCAGGGAAUAUCUGCUUGGGCUGAGGGCCAACAAAGAUGGCGGCACCCUGGCCCCUUGGCUUCUGCUUUGCAAAGCUUCAGGUCUGGGUAGUUCCACCGGCAGAGAGAUUACAUGAUCCCACCCGGAGAGCCUCCCUGCAGGUUUUCUCAUUGACUCCGGUGACCUCAGAGGAGAUAAUCCCCCCUGCUUUUGUUAUCUGUGGGAAGAGGCGCUGAGUCAUCGCUCUUAAGCGCCAAGGGUGGGCCGCCACCAGAGAUUCCCAUCACGCCUCUGUGCUUGACGGGCCUUGGAAGCUUGUCAGGAGCUCCUUGGUGAAUCCUAGAACUGUAGAGUUGGGAAGGGCACAAGGGGCAUCUAGUCCAAACCCCCCCCCCCCAAAAAAAUGCAAGAAUCUCAGCUCAAGAAUCCCUGACAGGUGGCCAAACCAAUCUCUGCUCUCCAUGGAAGGAGAGUCCACCUUCUGAGGGAAUCCCAACUGCUCUCCCCCUCAGAAAGGUCUUCCUAACUUUUGGUUACAAUCUCCUUUAAGUGGAUAUUGUUUAUUUAUUUAUUUAUUUAUUUAUUAUUAUUAUUAUUAUUAUUAUUAUUAAAAUAAUAAUAAUAAUUUAUUAUUUAUACCCCCCAUCUGCCUGGGUUUCCCCAACCACUCUGGGCAGCUUCCAACCAAAUAUUAAAAACACAAUACAGCAUUAAACAUUAACAUAGUGGGCAGAUGAAGAAUCGGAAGUCCUUUACUUUCUGAAUCUUACUUUCUAUCAUUCUCUUUUAACCUCUUUUCUACCUUCUCUUUUUUCUCUCUAUUUCUUUCUCUCUCCCCCCCCCCCCUUGUUUUUUAUUGUAUCUAGAUAAAAGUCUUGAUUUGGUUUUUUAAAAGGGAAAAUAUAUUACAUUAUCUUUUUCUCUAUAAACCAUAAUUAAUUGAUUUUUUUUUAAAAAAAAAAUCUCCUUUCUUGUCCUUUGACAAGAAGAAGCUGACUCCUCUGAGAAGGUUUAGAGACUCUGGCCAUUUUUAUUACUCAUAUGACCUACAGAAUCUACAGUGCUGUUUUGAUCCUUUAUGCAGGGGUGGAGAUGCUUUUGGGGCUUGAGGGCCACAUUUCCUUCUUAGCAAACUUCUGGGGGCCACAUGCCAAUGGCCAGCGGGGCUAGAGGCAAAAGCAGGUGGAACAACUGAUGUGAAUAUUAUCUCUUUCUGGUAGCUUAGUUGACAGCGUGGGGAGAACCAAAUCCUGGUGGUUAAUAGCCAUUGAGAGCUUUAUCCAUUAUGAAUUGCUCUAAUACUUUGCUCCAUAUAAUCUUAUGCCAGUUAAUCUUUAUGUUAGGACACCUCCAUUAUUCCCCAGGAGGGAUUCAAGCAUAUUUGAGAACUUUAAGAUGGUGCAAUUAACGCUCCCUCUGGUGCAACAUAUCAACUUAUUUUUUAAAAUAAGGAAAGUAAAGAAAGUGAUGGGGGAAGGCACCAAAAAUCUUGAGUUAAGCAUCAAUUGACAAAACGGUGUCUGUCCUCCCUGUGAAAAAAUCAGGGCCAGUGCUCAGUAAAGCGUGGACAUUGUAUAACCUCCACACAAGCGUUCUACCAGCAAAUCUGGAUGAAUGCUCAAUAAACAGGUCAGCAGGAAGAGCUCAGGGUCUCCACAGUGCCACAAUACUGUUGUUUUUCCUUUGCAAUAGGUUGCUGGAGUAAAUUCGCCAGCACCGCCGAGAGGAUCUUAAUUAAAACAACAAUCUCUUGUGUUUACUUCUUUCUCUUGCAGCGCUCCAGUUUCCUUUUGCCUCCUCUGCAAAAGGGGCUUCUCCUCACAACAAUAACCCAUGAGGUAAGUGAGGUGCAAAACGAGCAAAUGACAGAAUAUUACUGGUUCAGGAUCAUCCCAGCAAUUUGCCCAUGGCCGGUCCUACCAUUAGACAGAGGUAGGCAGUGACCUUGGUGGAAAUUUUGCAUCUGGUCCCGGUCAUCGCUGACAUGUGGCCCUCAGAAGAUUGCCCAGACAAGAGUGUGGCCCUGCCGAAACGAGGAUGUGAAGACAGUAGCGCUUUCCUCUGUGUGUCUUCUAGCAGCUGGUACACAGAGAAAGGCUGCCUCACUAUGCGAAUGUUUGCUUAAUACGUUUUUGUUCCCUUUCCUGUGUUGUUCGCUUUUAAUACCUGCAAAGACAACAGCCGAAGAUCUUUCCGGCACCUCCCCACCCUUUUUCUGUUAGCACAGUGAUCAUCCUGUGUUUUGUUUUCUUUUCCAAAUCGGGCAGCGGAUUUCCACACACACACACCAGCUUUGGUUCUAAGAACGCUUAAUCCCAACCCAAUACCUUUGGCUGCGUUGAGGGAUAGGCGGCGGCGGCUCUGUUCCCAGAAUCCUCCGGGGCUGCACUCAGGGCAACUCCAGCCAGACCGCACCGAGGCAAAGUUUUCCGCAGAGGGUGGCGCUGGGGAACUGCGCCCAAUUCUCCAGCAGCCUUUUGAGAACACUGCGGGGAGAAGGGCGUUGCCUUUCGGUGAACUACCUCCGCUUUGGUUUUUCUCUCUCUCUCGCUCACAGGGUCCAUGGCGUCCGACAAGCCACCCAAUUUCUCCUGGGUAG